AUGAGCCAAAGUAUAAGUCCUUCAAGCAGCAGUUGGAGCACUGGUGAAGGGACGCCUCAAUCAACUGGCUGGUUUGAAGUUCAAGUUGUCGGUGGACCACUUCUACAUUCUAAGAAGAAUGGUGAUGGGUAUGUAGAUAGUCAGAAAAUGGAAGCCAUCUGUGAUGCUGUUCGAAAACUGUUGUAA